GAAGCCCUCAAUAAAACUUUACUUCUCAUAUGCAAAGGUCAGGGGCAUUUCAGGAAUAUAAACUGAUGAUUCCAACCGGGAACCGACCAUAACACCUGCCUCGGUGAAAACAGGUACCUCUAGACCUUGGAAUUGGAAGGAAAAGGAAAACCAUCAACUCCUACUCCCACCACCAACUAUUUCUCACUCAAAAAUGCUUUAUAAAUAUCUACCAAAUCCCAUAGCUUUCAAUUCAUUCAAAGCUGAACAAUACAAGUUAUAAAACCAUUUAGAGCUAUUGUCAAUUUACUUUAUCUGCAAUUUCUUUCUCUUAUAAUUAUAAUUUUUAAAAUGGCAAACAAUGUAGCUCAAUCUGCUCUUGACCAAAGGUUGGCCAUGGCUAAACAUUGUUCUCAGGAAGGUGUGAAGGCAGGAGCUAAGGCAGCUAUUGUUGCUAGCAUUGCUACUGCCAUUCCAACUCUUGCUAGUGCGAGGAUGCUGCCUUGGGCAAAAGCCCAUCUCAACCACACUGCUCAGGCCCUCAUUAUCUCCACAGUGGCUGGAGCGGCAUAUUUCAUAGUUGCUGACAAGACUGUCCUGGCUACAGCAAGAAAGAACUCCUUCAAGCAAGCCUCAAACUUAGAAGGAUAGAUUCAAUAUAUAUUGUCACAAUGGGUUUCAAAAUCCAAUUGUACUUCAGUGAAUCAGUGCUCCAAGGAAAUAUUUUAAUUAUGUAAUCCCAUCUUGAUAAAUAAAUAAAAGAUGGGUGGUUUUCUUAGAGCACAAGAGAUUUGUGACUUAUAAUCAGCUUAUAAAUCAUGCUCUACCUUAAUUGAACCUCA